AUGUCUCCCAUUGCUACAUCAAACGUUGAGAUCGUGGAUAUCCGCGGUGCCAACCUCCAGAGUUCUUUAUCUCAGGACAUCUAUCAUGGUCUUCAGGCUGCAGAGAAGAGCCUGCCAACUUUACUUCUUUAUGACACAAAGGGACUACGACUGUUCGAAGACAUUACAUACUUGGACGAAUACUACCUGACGAACGCGGAGAUCAAAGUCUUGGAAGCAAAUGCUGCCAAAAUCGCAGCACUUGUCCCUGAGAACUGCCAAUUAGUUGAGUUGGGGAGCGGGAAUCUACGAAAGAUCGAGAUCUUGUUGAAUGAGCUUGAGCGAGCGAAAAAGUCGGUUGAAUAUUACGCCCUUGACCUGUCCCUAGAAGAGCUUCAUCGGACCUUCGCAGAGUUGCCAUCGAAAAGCUACCGCUAUGUCAAAUGCCGUGGAUUCUGGGGCACAUACGACGAUGGCCUCAACUGGCUCAACAACCCCAUGAACAGGAAAAAAGCAACUUGGGUUAUGUCUUUAGGUUCGUCAAUGGGCAACUUUAGCCCUGUUGAAGCCGCUGGCUUUCUCCGUGGGUUUGCCAGGAGUCUGGGACCGGCGGAUUCGAUGGUGAUUGCUUUCGAUCCCUGCAAGGACCCCGAGCGGGUGUUCAGGGCUUACAACGACAAAAAGGGCGUGACAAGGCAGUUCUACCUUAACGGAUUGUCUAACGCAAACGCUAUUCUCGGCUUCGAAGCUUUUAAGUCAGGAGAAUGGGACGCAAUAGGAGAGUUUGACCAAACGCUAGGGUGCCACAAAGCCUAUUACGUUCCACUAGCGGAUACCGUCAUCAACAAUAUACAUAUCAAGAAGGGUGAGAAGAUAUUCUUCGAGCAAGCAUUCAAAUAUGCAGCAGAUGACUGUGAAAAGCUGUGGCGUGAUGCUGGCUUGCAUCCAACUCGAAAAUUUGGCGAUGACUAUACCUGCCUUUGCCCUGCUGCAGAUAUCCAUAUUUUAUCCUCAGCCACCCCCAAUAUGAACCCAUAUCAGCUACCAACCAAGAGGACGGAGUACGUGAAAGAUGUCAUUCCGACCCUGCAGGAUUUUGAAGCAGCUUGGGCGCUAUGGGACACUGUCACCACCUCCAUGGUACCCCCUACCGACCUGCUCUCCAGGCCAAUCCAUCUAAGGAACUCCCUGAUCUUCUAUCUGGGACAUAUCCCAGCGUUCAUGGAUAGGCAUCUCGCUCGAGCGACUGGUGGAGCCCCCACCGAACCAGCGGAGUUUCAUUCUAUGUUCGAGCGUGGUAUUGACCCCGACGUUGAUAACCCGGACCAUUGUCACGACCACAGCGCUAUACCGGAUGAAUGGCCUUCAGUUGAAACCUUGGUGGAAUACCAAGGCCAGGUCAGGACUAGGGCGAGGUCGAUAUACUUUAAUGGUCAGGCUGGCGAUAGGAAAGUCGCUGAGGCUCUAUGGAUCAGCUUCGAACAUGAAACUAUGCACUUAGAGACCUUCCUCUACAUGCUUUUGCAACACAACAGUACUAUGCCCCCUCCUCUCGUCGCUAAGCCUGAUUUCAAACAAUUAGCAUUCGACUCGGCCAAGACAGCUGUUCCCAAUGAAUGGUUCGAAAUCCCAGAGCAAACUGUGGAGAUUGGUCUCGACGAGCCGGGUUCAGAUGAGAUCCCUAGUACUUCCUUUGGAUGGGACAAUGAAAAACCACGACGAACCGCGCAUGUACCAAGCUUUAUGGCCAAGGCUAGGCCAAUAACCAAUGGAGAGUAUGCCAAGUACCUGGAGGAAUGUGGUACUGAACAGCUCCCCGCAUCCUGGGUGGAAAAGUCAACCCAGAAUGGCUCACAAAACGUUAUGGCCAAUGGCGAACGGGUUGAAGUGAGCUUUUUACCCCCUACUAUCAUGCUGUGGAAACCUAUUAACAUGGCUAUUAGGACAUCUGCGAACGGAUCAGAGAAACAAAACCAUGACACUAACUACCAACCAGUGCAGAACCCUUUCAACCUAGACAAGUCAGUGUAUGUUGACCUCGACGACUGCAACGUCGGAUUUGCCCACUGGCACCCAACGUCAGUGACGCAGAACGGGAACAAGCUCAGUGGUCAAGGAAAUUUCGGUGGACUAUGGGAGUGGACUAGCUCCACUUUAGAGGCUCACGAUGGCUUCAAGCCAAUGGAUCUUUACCCUGCGUAUACCGGUAGGUUGAAUCUAUCCGAUUCCAAGCAAAGACGAAGCUAA